UAUUCUGCUUUAUCCAAAGAUUAUCUUUUCCGAAAUAAUCUUGUCAGACAAACACAAUAAAGGAGGGAAAAUGAUGUCACAGUCACAGCUCUCUCUCUCUCUGUUAUUCUGUCAACCUCCUCCCCCUUUUAUUUCCCUAUAGAGUAGGUGUGGUGCAUCCACACCUGACCAGUACUACACAGGCAGGGCUCCGCUCAGGUGACAGAAAAGAAACAACACUCUCAGGUAGAGAAAUAAAGAGAUAGGGGACAGGGAGCGAGAGGCGGGAGGAGAAACAGCAGUUAGGAAUACGAAGGAGGAGGGACAGAGACAGAGGGAAAGCAGGCUGCAAACAAAUGAACUGACGCUGAACAGAGACACACCUGGAGUCAAGUAAAAACUACUGGAGGCUAGACAGACAACUGACAGGGCUCUGUAUUUCUGGGACAGACACUUGACAGACAUUGCUACUGUGGAAAUAAGAGCAAUAAGAAAAUAGCUGUAGAAAAGCACAAAGAUGGAGGCGUAUGAAAACAGCAACAUCACACAUUGAGAAAGACUGACAAAGAAAAGCUCACAGAAAGACUGACGAGAGGAGCACAACUAACCACGAGGGAAAGCAAAAGAAGCUCCACAGAAAAGAAUAAACCACCAGAGACGUUUCAAAGGUCUGUGAGGGUUUCUCAAGCACCUUCAGUGUUGUUCCCUCCACCUCUACGUCAUGGCCUCGAUGGGGAUGCAGCUGCUGGCCAGCGCCCUGUGCCUCCUGGGUUGGGCAGGGGUCAUCUUUAGCUGCAUACUGCCCAUGUGGCGGGUCUCAGCUUUUGUGGGAACCACCAUCAUCACCUCCCAGACCAUCUGGGAGGGCAUCUGGAUGAGCUGCGUGGUCGAGAGCACAGGGUUGAUCCAGUGUAACCCUUACCAGUCUGUCCUUGCUCUCAGCGGAGGCCAACAGGCCGCCAGGGCUCUCACCGUCCUUGCCAUUGCUACAGGCGGCGUAGGUCUCAUUCUGGCCUUCAUUGGAGGGAAGUGCACUCGCUUUUUGGAUGUUGAAGGAGGCGGAGUUAAGGGCAAGAUGGCUGUAGCAGCAGGGGCAGUUUUGAUUUUCACAGGGCUGCUGUGUUUCAUUCCCACAGUGUGGGUGGCCGGGUCCGUGGUGAGCGAGUUCUACAGCCUCUCCACAGAUGCUCAGCGGAGGGAGAUUGGAGCCUGCCUCUACAUCGGCUUGGGAGCGUCCAUCCUGCUUAUUCUGGGAGGCAGCUUGUUCAUCAGCUCAGCAUGCCCCCUCAAAGCCCACAAAGCAGACAAGAACCCUUCUGUCCGCUACAUGAUGGUCCGCUCCUCUAACGGGUCCACCCAGGCAGGUUCUCAGCGCAGCAGACUAGCACCAACAACGUCUCAGCCUAUCAGAGCCGUGUAUUCCAGGUCUCAAAGCUAUGAUGGAGCUUUAACAAAGCUUCCGCUGUACACAAGGCCUUCCUGGGGGGACGGGCAUGAGCAAGGCUUGAGGAUGGAGUCAGAAAGAUCAUGGGCACCAUCAACAAAGUCUCAGAUGAAAACACCAGAGUCGACAAAGUCUGAAUACAGUGAGGCGCUGUCUCAGCUGAAAAGAGCAGAAAUGGAAGAGAAUUUACCAGUCGAAGGUGAAAAUGGGGAUGGGUCCUCAAAUCCAGCGACGAGUACAUACAUAUAAUAUGGACACACACACACACACACACACACACACACAAUGUACUGAAUUUACAAAGCAGUGCAGAAGUUUUACAUGCAAAGAGUUAUUUAGAAGUAGUAGUUUACUUAGUUAGUGACUGUUUACUGAUACUUUAGUAGUUCAUUGUAUUAAGUAUAGUUAUCUUUAUACUCCACCAUGUUGCUUUGAUAAAAUGACAGAAGGGAAAAGUUCUGGACUACAUUUAUUAAUAUGCAGGACUAUAGCAGCUUUAAUGUGUUAUGUGCACUAAAACUGAACUAAAAACCAAAUGCAGUACAACAAACUAAAUCCAGGUGCAUGUGAAGUUUGCUGUAUACGGCAAUACGUUUGACAUGUUUGUGGAGCAUUACACUAGUAGCAACUUUUUUUUAAAUGCACUGAAUGAGGAUGGAUCUGUCCACAUUACGAAUUUUACCUCAGACUUUUUAGCUUGUUUGUUUCUGCUGGACGUACAGGAAGCUGAACGAAACAUAAGUAAUAAAGUAACAACAUAUUUUAGCCUAUUUUCCAUCCUUACUUUAAAUUGAUACCAUUGUAUUUUUUGAAUCCAUGUACAUGUAUGUCCUCAUUUGAUGAGUUAUAUAGCCAUGAAAAACUCCACU